AUGUCUAGGAUUUUUGACAAUCUUCCUUCGUCUCUAAACUCGUCCAAGGAUAUUUCUCAUAAGUUGGCUUAUGAGUGGUCGUUCUGGCAACACUUCAGACCGACCAGCGUACCUUCAGUACCAGAAGAAGGUAACACAACCACCGUUGAAGAGAACAGCCAUCAUUCCGAAAUUGAAUCUAGUCUAUACACAGAAACAGACGCGGAGAAAGAAAGCACGCUGAAUAAAAGCAUGGAGACAACUUCGGAAGCAGAUGGUGAAGCGGAAAAGAAUGAAAAUGCUGACAUGCGUGCAGCUCAAUACAUUGAAGGAACAACUCUACUAACUUUUCCAAAAGUUUACUCUAGAGACGCCGAAAUGGAGCAGACGGAUACAAUUGACACGGUUGAACAAUUUUGGCAAUCCUUCUGUAAUCUGAAAAGCAUCAACGACGUGCCUAUCGAUACCGAGUACUUUUUUUUCAAGAAGGGUAUCAAACCCCUAUGGGAAGAUGAAUUCAACAAGAAAGGCGGCAGGUGGUCAUUUAGCUUCAGUAAUAGCCAUUUGAAAUACAGGAAAAACCUCCUGUGUGCUUUCUGGGAAAUGUUGCUCGUCAGACUGAUUGGAGGGAAGUUUCUUUCGGCAGAUCUUGAGCUUCCUUUAAACGACAAAACCCUCGACAACAAGGAAUUUAAGGAAAUUCAAAGCAAGAUGCACAUGUCCAACGCCGAGUUAAACAAACUGGUUUUGGAUGAUAUUGCUGGCAUUGUAGUCAGUGUUAGAAGUAAGAAGAUCAUAUUGAGCAUAUGGAAUACCCAUUUGAGUUAUGAGAAGUUCAAAAAGGACAAUGACAUCUCUGGAUCAGUUAAAAACGAAGAAUAUAACCAUUUUUUUAGGGAACGUUUAAAUCCAAAGACAAAGCAUAUAUAUGAAGAAAUCGGGCUGACUACGUAUCAAUUCAGACAACUCAUUUAUGAGGCCGUUUCACAGAUUUUCAGCGAAGCUAUUGAAUUAGUCAAGACCAAGGAUAGUGCCCAAGAUCUACAGAAGAUAUAUAAGCAGAAACUUUUCAAAUACACCCCUCACUUCGUUGAUGGAUACUCUGUGAAUACGAAAAAGACCAAAUACAAGUCAAAGAGAACAUCUAAUGACUGGGACUCGUAUAAGAAUAUGCAGGGGAACAACUAUGGUGGUGACAAGGCUAGUUAUGGUGAUGCCGAAAGAUUUAGCAGUUUGGGUAAAUUGAGAAAGAAGGUUGAGUUCACCGACGAAGGGUUGAUGGUGGAAGAAUUGAAUGUUUUGAGCUUCAAACAGAAAUGGAACAGAAGACGUCGACCUGCUAUGAAGUCUAGAGGAUCUGAAAAUAGCGACGGAUUUGACCAUCACAGCAGCAUUAACGGUGACGAAGCCGACAAUUUCUGA